UGGUAACGCCCGGUAAAUAAGCCACACACUAUUGGAGCAAAGUUUGCAGUGCAGCAGCAUCUAGUACGUGAGGUUUUUUUUGGAGUUGGAAGUUAGCUGAGUUUUUAAGAAGGUGAAAAAGCGCUGUAGGAAACACGCUUUUAAAGAGGAAUUGGUGAGGAAGUCAAUCCUUUAAUUACACACAGUGUGUGCUCAACAAUUUCUUCAUCCAACAGAUUCAUCUGCAGUAGAAGUGAGCAAAUCUUCCAAAUCUUACACCCACCAUGGAGGACCAACCGAAGGCCGAAGGUGAGGCGGACAAAAAGAUUGUCCACGUAUACCCACUGGUCAAGUAUUCCGAUAUGAAUGACGAUGUCCGAGCCGAGGCGAUAGAAUUGAGCAUUACAGCGUGUGAGAAAUACGCACAAAACUACGAGGUUGCCGCCAAAACGAUCAAAGAGCUGAUGGACAAAAAGUUUGGCACCUUCUGGCAUGUGGUCGUCGGCGAAGGCUUCGGUUACGAGGUGUCGUACGAGACGAAGAACAUACUGUACCUGUUUUUCGGUGGCAACUUAGCGAUCGUGCUGUGGAAGUGUUCCUAAGCAACCGCUUAGGAUCAAUGGCGGCAUGGUUGUUUUUUUAUAAUAGUAGUCCAAUUGUUUCUAGUAUCGUGCAGCAGUAAGCAGCAAUGAAAGGUUCCCAUUUUUCAAAUUCAAGAUAAAUACAGCCGCUGCUCUUUGAUGGCGAUUUGUUAAGUAAAUGUGUGUGUAAGUGCGGCCAUAUCCCUGUGUAAGUUUCCCGAUCCUUGUUUUUCUCCCCGCCCAAUAAUCCUUCUCAAAAUCAUGUAAAAUUUCAAAAUUCAAACACAAAAGCGCACAUGUGUGUAUAAAAGUGUCCCUACCUUGUAAAAAAAAACAUUAAAAAACGAUCCUUCUUAUUUGCACUACUUUGAAAAUUGGAAACUGAUGAUCCUCUGUACAUAUGCUAUUAAGUGUGUGUGUGUGUUCUUUUUGUAUAUGUGUAAAAAGAAAACUGUACAGAAAAUGGUAAAACACAAAAUUAAUGUACCAUAAUUGGAGAUCGGUUCAAAAAUCUGUAAAAAAUCCUUUUUUAACCCUCCAAAAACGAACCAUGUACAGCAAUAAGCAAAAUAAGCAGGAGUGAAUGGCGUCACGUUUGUAAAUGAAGCAAGAGAGCAAGUGUCCCGGGAGAUGCAGGGUACAACAACUAGUGGCACCAGCGCUGGCACCCCGGCCCCGGCAUCUCCGGACUAU